AUGGCUUGCGCAAAAGAAGUAGCCGAGAAGUCUGGACCGGUUGUCACACUUGCGAAACAAGCAAUUUUGGCCGCGGAUGCGGGGCUUGAAAGUGGCUUUGCGAUAGAAAGAGGACUCUAUUACUCCAGCUUUGAUCUAAGAGACAAGACUGAGGGUAUUAGUGCAUUUCUUGAGAAGCGCAAGCCAGAGUGGACACACCAAUAG